AUGGAUGACGACAGUGCCUGAUGACCAUAGAGACCGACUCUCAGUUUCAGAUCAAAUCAAAUUUCGAAUCGAGCGGGAAAGGGGAGGGAAGAGAACCCCAACCUCCCUCCCUCCAAAAUUUUCUUCUUCGGUCCUCUCCUCGCUAGGGUUUCUUCGUCUCCCUACUCUCUGUUCUCCCGGUACGAAUCCUAGGGCAUUGAUGGGUAGAACAAAGCACUUCGCUUCCUCCCGACAGGAUCGGAAACAACGAGCAACCGGGCCAUCAGAUGCAGGACCGAGUACGGACCCGACGAGUACGGGUCCUGAAACUGGGGAUGGUGCUCAGCAAACUACUCCGACUACUUCACCACGUCGGAACAUCUGUGGUGGUCACACUGUGUUUUUCUAUUUCCUUGUGAUUUCUCUCCCUAAAGAAAGCCCGAAGAAAAAGCCUCAUCGCUACAAGCCAGGAACCGUUGCUCUUAGAGAGAUUCGGAAGUAUCAGAAGUCAACGGGUUUUCUGAUUCCAGCUGCAAGCUUCAUUAGAGAAGUGAGAAGUAUCACCCACAUUUAUGCCCCUCCAGAAAUCACUCGCUGGCAAGCUGAAGCUCUUGUGGUGCUUCAAGAGGCAGCUGAAGAUUUCCUAGUCGGUCUAUUCUCAGAUGCAAUGCUUUGCGCCAUUCACGCGAAACGUGUUACUCUAAUGAGAAAAGACUUGGAGCUUGCACGCCGGCUUGGAGGAAAAGGCCGACCAUGGUGAUGGCAAACACCAACUAGAAGGUACCUUAUCUGUUAGGGUAUUGUAUCUGUAAAAUCUUGGACGUAGAGUAACAACCUUAAAUUUGUCACAUGUGGUAGUUUAUUUCACAGGGUCUGUUUUUGGUCCGAUCCACCCAACACCUGACAUUAACUGGGUAUCUUUUGAUUUGAAACGAUGAUUAUGUCGUGAAAAUCGUGCUCUCUGUGUUUGUAA